ACAUCCUUCUGUGCUGGUCGCAGUGUAAAAUUAGACGACAGAGUAGCUGCGAUGUUGGUGUUGCGAUUUUGUCCUUUGGAACAAAUUCUUUCUGAGUUUUAUCCUCAGCUUUACCGACUGAACGAGAUUCUGCAGUUGGAGGACGGAAAAUGGCCUUCGCCAUUACCUUUGUCUUUUGAGUACAUAGACAGAGAUGGAAUCUAUCUAAUUGAAGCGGGAUCUGCUAUUUAUCUCUAUUUUUCGUCGCAGUCCGAUGCCCAACUUGUGCAGGACCUCUUUGGAUGCUCUUACCCCCAAAUCGAUGAGCAAUCAUUCCGCAUCCGUGAGAAUCCAUUCUCCGAGAAAGUUCAUGCUUUUGUACGCCAUGUGACAGCUCUCAAAUUCUACCUUGGUCCCGUUAUUCUUGUAAAGGAGGAUACGGCCAUUCGUGAAGCGGUACAGAGACGGUUUGUCGACGAUCGCACAGAGUCCACGCACUCCUAUGUCGAAUUUUUACAACAUCUGAAACGCGAGAUUAAUAAUUAA